AUGCUUUCCUCUACGUUCCUCCAUUCAGCUUUGAUAGCCGCCACGCAAGCUAUUGAUGUUGAUGUUGCGGUCGUAGGAGGCGGCGGAUCUGGUGGUUAUGCCGCUGUCCAGCUUCGCGAGACGUAUGGCAAGAAGAUUGGUGGCCACGCGCAGUCAUGGUACGAUCCAGUCACUGGGAAGGCGUACAACUAUGGCGUUGAUGCGUUUACGAACAUCACCGUCUCAAUUGACUUCUUCAGACAACUCGAUGUUCCAAUCGGACCACUCCAGUCUGUACCAGCAGAGAAACUAUACGUUGACUUAAAAGAUGGCAAAACAGUGGACUAUACGCCUCCAACCACGAAAGAGGCCGCCGAUGCUAUGGAAAAUUAUAGUGACGAGUGGCUCAAGUACACAGAUAUCCUGCUACCUACUAGCAAGCACUUCCCUCGAGGUGACAAGGUUCCGUCGGAUCUCUUGCUGUCUUGGUAUGACUUUGCGCGCAAGUACAAGGCAGAGGCUGCUAGCCCGAGUAUCUGGGAGACUGUGGUCGUCGAUCUCAAUACCGCACUGAUGAUUGAUGUGUGGAAGGCAUGGAAUCCUAGCGUGAACUCGUUCCAACCAGCGUCGGGUGAUAAUACAGAAAUCUGGCAGAAGGCUGCUAAGUUUCUGGGCAAAGAUGUUCUCUAUGAGAGCGAGGUGGUGUCUGCAAAACGAACCAAGAGCGGAGUGAAGCUUGAGGUCAGAGAUACAGAUGGACAUAUCACCAAGAUCAGCGCCAAGAGACUGUUGAUAACUAUCGGACCAGAGACGAUCAACCCAAAGUACUUCGACCUGAGCAGCGAAGAAGUGGAGGUCUUCCACUCCGCUGCCGGCAACCGCUAUUUCACUGGUAUCGUCUCUCACCCUUCCAUGCCUGCAGCUGGAAUCACCACUGUUGUUCCAGCUGCCAUCAAAGGAAACUAUCUCGCCUAUCCAACGGUCCCAUUCCAAGCCUACUUCCAGUAUAAAGGAAACUCUUCUACCGGACCUAUCCACCGUGCUCUAACUGUUGUCCCGCGAGAGACUUCGAUCGAGGACGCUAAGGAUCUUGUUCGCAAAUCGGUUCAGAAUCUCAUUGAUGAGGGAACAAUCCCAACUGGGAAGUCUAGCGAUCUAGAUUUCCGAACUUUCUCGGAUCAUGGACUCUUGUAUAGGCACUGGUCUGCUGAGCAGCUGCGUGGUGGUAUUUUUGCGAGGGCGAAUGCUCUUCAGGGUCAGCGAUCGACUUGGUACACUGGGGCUUUCUGGAUGAACAACGAUUGUGUCAUGUUGUGGAACACUACCAACGCCAUCUUGAAAGAGAUGCUCAAGGACGUGUAG